GGGUGAGGGGAUUGCUAUAUCGAGGACGCGUUUCAAACUUUUCCCGCAAACCUUUGGAGGAGGAAGAGAACAGCGCACGAAAGACCAUGAAAGACUACGAGAUUGAAGAGAAAAAGCAGGCAGCUGCUGACGUUUUAUUUCAGUACUCGAAAUUUGUGAUGGCAUGCAUAGGGAAUCAGGUUCGCCCCUGUGAUAUGAGGUUACAUUUGAUGAAGGAGAUUUCUGGAAUGCCAACUUCUCUAAAGAGGGAGUCACCACAGGUUGCAGCAUCUCCUGAUGCAAUGGGUGAGUCAUCAAGCUCAGGUACAGCUAGACUAGGAUAAUCCAGCCAAUUUUCAAAUACACUUGGGAUAGGAAGGCCAUCCCAGAAAUAUAAACAUCCCUGUGCUGCUUACAGUGAUACAAUAUUAUGUAGAAUUACCUUGCUUCUGUACAAAUGUUUGCGUGCUGGCAUUUUAUAAUAGAGUUUCGCUUUUAAGCUUGUUCUAGUGUUGGUGUAUGUUGAUUCAGCUUGUGUGGAACUUGAAAAGUAUGGUUUCAGAAGGAUCUGUUUUGUGGCACACAUUAUGGUUGAUGAUGUAUUACCUCCGUUAGCUCAUA